CGCCCUGCCAAUCCAACCAUCUCUCCAGGAGUCAAUCAGAUCAAGUUGAUUGAGAUCAACCAGCACACAUACAGCAAUAAACAGUCACAAACACUCAGAAAUGCCAUCACCACACAGCCCAGAAGGUCCUUUGGUAUAAUCAGAUCUGCUGGGAUUCUAAAGAUUUCCUUGAGACCCAAAGCUGGAAUACCGACUAAACCCAUGAAAUUGCUAAGGAACAAAGAUAAUGUGAAGAAGGAUGAUACACCUGAGCUUACAAAGAACCACCAUGGUCUUAUAGCACAUUCUCUAGCUGCAAAAUCUGGCAACUGGAAUAGAGCAAUAAUUCCACAUAGACCUGCUCUUGUUCAAGUGAUCAUAGUUGCAUGCAUAGCCUUUGGCAUUGCCAUUGCAUGUGGGAUCAUCGCCUUCUGUGUCACACAUCAAAUGGUAAAAGCAGAGGAAAGACAACAGCUCACAUUGCUUUAUGAAAAUGUCCAGAUUCCACCGUUAGGAGACCAGGAGGGCUCUGAGGACAGUGGACCUGAGGAAUCUACACACCUGCUUCCAGAAAAUGAGAAUGAGUUGGGCAAGUUCAUCAUCUCAGUUAUUAGGUCAAAAAGAAGGGAAAAUAUUGAAAAGAAGAAAUGGAAAAAAGAGCAACAGUUAGUGAAGGAAAGGAAUUCCAUACACAAGGCAAAGAUGGAGAAUCCGUGAGAGCAGACAAAGGCAAUGCAGGCUGUUCCUGUCCAGAAGAAAUUGCAGUGAUGGUGGAUGACCAAGGAGCUGAGCAGAGUGAGCUCCCAGGCAACCCAUGGAAUAGCACUCACAAGAAAGACAUGUCAGCAUGUGUAAGAGAAAAUAAAUGCUUGUAGUACAGCAAGGCU